AAAAUAAACUUGAAUUUAUAACUUCUAAGGUUAAUAAUAAUAAUAUUAAUAUGUUAGUUAAAGAUCUUUUGAUUAAAAAUAAUCUGAAAGAGAUUAUUAAAAUAGUAAAUUAUGAGUUUCAUGAUAAUGAUGAUGAUGAAACUAAUAAUAAUAAUAAUGAUAAACUAUUACCUUCUUCUUUAAUUACUAUUACUGAGACUACAGAAAUAUUGAAAAA